AUGGCUGACUGGCUGAGAGAUGAGAGGAAGAAGAAGAAGAAGCCAUCUUCUCUCUUUCUAUGUUCCCCACGACAACGUAGAAAGAGGAAGAUUCCAAUCAAGAAGAAGAACCUUGAUUGCUCAGUGGCAAGGAGGAUAGCUUUAGAGUGUAAGGGUCUACCGAUUGCAUUGAUAGCUGUUGCAAGGGCGCUCGGAGAUGAGGACUUGGAGGAAUGGGAGAAGGCAGCUGAACGACUAGAGCAGUCGAAAUAUGUCAAUCCUAACCAUGAGGAAGAUGCAUUCCAAUGUAUAAGAUUAAGCUAUAAUUACUUGAAAGAUGGGGAUUCCAAGUCAUGCUUCUUGCUCUGUUGCCUGUUCCCAGAAGACCGUAACAUCGAAAUAGAAGACUUGUUCCGGUACGCGAUCGGAAAAAGAUUGUUUCGAGAUGCCCAAACAAUGGAAGAAGCCAGAGGAAAAUUAGUUACAGUGGUCAAGUACCUGAAAGGUUCUAGCUUGCUUUUGGAUAGUGAGGAAGAAGGAUGUGUUAAGAUGCAUGAUGUCAUCCGGGAUACAGCCCUGAAUAUUGCACAAUCUGAAGAUGGGCAUCGGUUUUUUGUGAAAGCUGGCUGUGGUUUAAAGGGUUGGCGGCCACGCGGAUUACAUGAAGGCUGCACUGCUAUUUCACUAAUGAGGAACAAAAUUCGCAAGCUACCCGAAGAAGAGUUGGUAUGUCCAAAUCUCCAGAUUUUAUUACUAAACAGGAAUUUUGGACUAAGUGAGAUCCCCGAAAAGUUGAUCCAGAAUCUGAAAGAGUUAAGGGUCUUGGAUCUUAGCAACACUAGUAUUUCCGUAUUACCCCAAUCAUUUAGUCUCCUCACCAACCUCCAAGCUUUGUAUUUAGAUGAUUGCAGCAAAUUAAUUGACAUUUCCGUUGUGGGGAAACUUAACAAGCUUGAAAUUCUUAGUAUGAGAGGUUGUCCCAGGGGGCAAUUGUUCAGAGAAAUAGAACAUUUGACCAAUCUACGGAUUUUGGACGUCAAUCGCUCUUGGGGACAAUUCAUAUUGAGAGGAAGAAUGGUUACAAUUCCAUCUAAAGUGAUAUCAAAGUUGCAAGAAUUAGAAGAAUUGUACAUGGUGUACUAUGUAUUUGAGGAGGAUGGGUCGUGUGUAGCUGAGGGACCAAGAGAAAGAACCAAUAUUAUUAGGUUUGAUGAGAUAGCUGGUUUAUCAAAUUUGAAAAUAUUGCAGGUUGGCUUAUCCGAUGAAGGUUUUAUCCCUAAAAAUGUUGAGGCCGCACCAGAUUGGGAUUACUUUUGUAUAAGUGUCUUCGGCAGAUGCAGCGACACUACAUUCUGGCCCGUUGCAUACAAACAAGGAGAUCGUAAUUCAAGAUCCUUGCUUCUUAAUGGAGCAACCAUCAAUACCUUGGCUGAUUGGUUUAUCAAAGCGGUGACAGAGAAAACAGAAAAGCUAGAGUACAACCGCUGCAAAGGGAUGAGUGACAUUGUUAUGGAAUAUGACCGUGGGAGGUUACAUAAACUCAAGCAUCUCACAGUUGCUGGGCCACAAGACGAGUUGAAAGAGUUGAUGAACACAACAAGACGAGUUGAAAUAGGACCAGUGUUUGAGAAUUUGGAAGAGUUGCAUCUGAAAUUAGUGUUCGACCUGGAGGAGUUGUGUGUUGGUGAGUUACCACCUGGGUCUCUCUCAAAUCUCAAGGUGUUUCAUGUGUAUUGUGGUUGGAUUUUGAGGAGUGUAUCAGAAUUUGUACAGAGACUACCAAAUCUGAAGAAACUAGAUUUAAACUCUAUGCUCAAAUUGGAACAUGUGUUCAGAUGCGAAGGGUUCGAGCCAGAACAAUCAAAACUGAGAGAGAUGCAUUUGUUGUGGCUAGAAGAACUAAGAAACAUAUGUAAUGGACUAAUGGUCCCGCUCCACGUGCAAUGUUCCAGAGUCUUAAGAUUUUGACGAUUUACCGUUGCGAGCUGCUGCAAAGUCUGUUCGCAUCUGAUGUAGCUCAGUGUCUUGUUCAAUUGGAAGACCUUCUUGUACAGGAUUUCCCUUUGUUGGAAAGAGUAAUGGAAGCAGUGAACAAGGAGAAGACGGUUCUACCAAAACUGAAGAACUUGGUUUUGAAGAAUCUUCCUAAUUUGUAUGGUGCAAUUGCUGUCGUUGAUAUUGAGUGUCCUUCAUUGGUACGCUUGAUGGUGGUGGAUUGCCCCAAGCUUUUGUUUUCAACCUCUUCCGAUCUCUUCGAAGCCUUCAAAUGCAGGAACCAAUUUUCAUUUUCAGCCUCCACGUCUGACCCAGUCCAACUCGAUGAUCCACAACAUUACCAAACUCUACGUGGCAGAACAUCUGGUUUCCACUAGUGAAGUCUCUAGCUCAGCUUCUGACUUCCAUUGCAGGAAGUAACCAAGUUCAACUCUAUUUCUUUGUCCAGUAAAUUGGUUGUUGGACAAAUCCAGCACGCGGAUACUAGAUGAGAGAGAAAGUACUGGAAGCUCCCCAGAAAGAAGGUUAGAGCUGAAAUCAAGGACCUCAAGAUGAGUCAAGGACAAGAAGGAAGCAACACUUUGAUGUAGAAAAUUUUGGGAGAGAUUCAAGUGGGUGAGAUGUGUGAGAUUUUCAAGUGCUAGUUUUGAUGAAGCAAAUGUAAUACAUUGUUUGAGUGUGAGGCCAUCGGAGGCCAAUGAGAUACGGGUGACCCAACCAGCCGCAUCGCAGUUGAUGCCUUGCCAGCAGCAACAGCCACCGGAAGUCCAGUUUAAGGAAGAAAGAGAAGAAAGAGCCAGAGAGAAGUAUGUUCAGUUGGGUUGCAUGCAUGGAUGAUACUAGCAGUACUACUUAGUAUGUAACAGAAUACGAUAAGAAAAAGAAGGAAACAAUGAGAAUUGAUGAUCUAGACGUGGACAACAACAACGAGCAUGAAACCGCAUGGCUCCUUUCGUCAACUCCCUGGUUUUAUGUUCUUGCUGGGAUUGGGUUCAUUGUAGGAUUCUGGGGAGUGUGUGGUUCAUUGAUUUUCAGCGAGACACGGAGAUAUGCAUACUUCCGUUUCAUAGAAAAGGUACAAGACAUGUUCUACGUGACGAUCGCUGUGUGUAUCAAGUACCAACAAGAUGAAGAGAAGGCUGGACCUGAAUUUGUAAUUACCCACUGUUGCUUGUUUUCAAUUGUGAAUUUGUGGCACCUGAAUCGUGAGUG